AUGAGCAGUGCUGUUUUGAGAGACGUUGUGUAUUGCGAGGUGUGUUCGUACCCACCGGAAUACUGCGAGUUUUCCGGGAAAUUGAAGCGGUGCAAAGUGUGGUUGCAAGAGAACCAUCCGGAGGUGUACGCUAAACUGUACGGUGCAGAGGAUGCUGAUGUCGGGGCCGUUGGGGCGAAGCUCGCGGAGUCCAGUAUUGGUGAGGAGCGGGAGGGAAAGCUGGAGAAGGACCUGCUGAAGUUGCAAACGAGGGAGGAGAACAGGGAGCAACGGGAGUUGCAAAAGAAGCUUGCCUCGAAGGUUGUUAUCAAGCGGGAGGCACGUACGAAGCGGAAAUCGAUUGUUGCGAUCUCUGGGCUCGAGGUGUUUGAGAUCGACAUGAAGAAACUAGCCAAGACGUUCGCCUCGAAGUUCGCCACUGGGUGUUCCGUCGCGAAGAACGUUGAGAAGAAGGAAGAAGUUAUCAUCCAGGGGGACGUCAUGGAACAAGUGGAGGCGUAUAUACACCAGUUGCUGAAGGAGAAGGGCCUGGACAACGUCAAAGUCGAGACCAUUGACGCAGCAAAGAAGAAGAAGAAACCAACAACGGCGACGCCCGAGGGCAAGUAG